UAAAGUAGAGAGCAGCAAUGAGCAUCAGUCUUUUCUUAAAACAAGCUUGUAAAAGACGGACAUCACAGCUUUAUAUGACAUUUAAUUCAAACAUAAUUUGCUCGAAAAAAACGAUGCACCUUCUCCUUGUAGGAAAAUAAAUAGUUUUCAUAAGAAAUAGUAUUUUAAAACCUUUGCCAGCUAAUAAAAAUAUUAAACGAGACUAGGGACUGUUACAUAUAUUUGUAUAGUAGAGGAGAAAAAAGGAGAAGUAGGUUUGGAAUCGACUGGGUUCCAGAGAAGAAAAACAAGAUUAUACAUAUUUAAUAAAACAUUUAUAGUAUUUUUUUUAAAGCACAUUAAUGUUUUGUUUUGUCUGAGGUGGACCAAGUGGGUGGUACCCUUGUGUAGCAUAAUUUAGUCCUUAGAUCACAUGACUUUAGGUUGACCAAUCAGGUGCACCCCCAGGUUUAACUACGUUAAAUGUCAGAUUGCAAUAAACUAGAAGCUGUUGGUCGGGCCCGCGGAAAUGGGCGAGCAUAAUCUUCUUAAUCCGGGGUUUGUGGGACCUUUGGUAAACAUCCACACUGGAGACACUUUUUACUUUCCGAAUUUCCGAGCCUCGGGGGGACAACUGGCGGGGCUACCAUCUCUCCCCUACCCGAGAAGGGACAAUGUUUGCUCCCUCCCGUGGAACCCAUCCGAGCCCUGCAAUGGAUACUCUCAAUCAUAUUUUAGCAGCCCCGUGUCUAUUAACCCUUCUUUCAACCGGUCGUGUGAAAUUACUCGACCGGAGGAGAGUAAAUGUUAUUAUAGCAAUGGCAGCGUGAGCAGCAGAGAGAGCUGUUCAGGUGGUGGCGGGAGCAGCCUAAAGCGAGAGGAUAAAGCGAGGGACACAUCAUCAUUCAUAACAUCUGAUCACGGGAUGCACUCUGGCAUGGGCAGCAAUAACAUUGGUGCAUUUUCUAAGUAUAAUUAUGGGACCGAGCAACUCGCUCAAGACCCGCCAUCCUGCCAAUCUCUGGAAUCCGAUUCCAGCUCCUCGCUUCUCAACGAGGGCAGCAAAACUUCCUCCAGCGACCCUCAGACCCUUCUGUCACCAGGAAACCACACCGCCCACUCGGGCAACAUAGCUGCAUGCGGAGGUGCCCCGUGGUACCCGAUGCACACCCGGACCCGAAAGAAACGCAAGCCCUACUCCAAGCUCCAACUGGCCGAACUGGAGGGCGAGUUCAUACUGAAUGAGUUCAUCACCAGACAGCGGCGGAGGGAGCUGUCUAACCGCCUCAACCUCAGCGAUCAACAGGUUAAAAUCUGGUUCCAGAACCGGCGUAUGAAGAAGAAGAGACUGAUGAUGAGGGAGCAAGCUAUGGGCUUCUUUUAGAUUUAGUAGAGACGUGGCACUAUAAGGAUAAUCGAUUGACAGGCAGUGUUUCUCCUGUCUGCAAUUGCUAUAAAUGCAUGCAUGCACUCACCUAGCCUACUCUCGCUCCAUCUCCAUCAGAAGGUGCAAAAUGUUCAGGAAAAUAUUUUAGGUGUAGGCCCUAAGGAAAACGACCAAGUGAUACUGCUGCGAUAACUUAGAAUAUCUGCAGAGUUAUGCAGGAUAGUACUACCAUAGUGUUGUGGUAAAACACCUAUAGCCUACAGACGUUAAUCAACUGUGAGAUUAUAUUAUUGCGUCAAAAAGGACGGAAUUAGUGCAUGAUGUCCAUGACUGAUGUCAUUUUCUAAACCCUUGAAAAUUAACCAUUUAUUUUGAUAAAUUACUUGAAAACUAAAUUAACAAAAUUAAAAGCAAUAUAAUAAACACGAGGCCAGAGUUUGCGAUAUCUGCUUUCUCUAGUUCCCUGCCAUGUGUUUCGGCACGUUCACGGUCACGAGCAAGGAGUCAGACUCCAAGCCGCAAAUCAGAGGAUCUUAAACCUCCAAGCCAACCUCUCUAUGGCUGCAGCGCUUUGAAAGAUUAUUUACCAUGAAUUCGUUCAUGUGCUGACAACUUUCUCAAGAUAUUUGAUAUUGCCCCCCCCCCCAACAGCCUCUGAAUAACUUUGAGGGGUUGGAUCAGAACAUAUGAGGUUGUUGUUUAAACACGGGUUCGUGCUGGCUGCUGUCGAAGAUCAUAGUUCUCGUAGAUGUGCUGACAAUUAUUCUUCAAUUAUUCUUCCACCAUUGAGUUGUUGGAGAUCCUUAUUGCAAUAACAAGCAGAGAUAUACGUCUUCUUCGUAAAUGCACAUCCCAUAGAUAGACUCUCGAUAAGCUUUUUGUACUUGAAAUAGGCCCAGGAAUAACGGUUACCGCUGGAAAAGUGCACAUUUAAAAUGGGCAUCAUUGAAAGUAGAACUUGACUGAAAAAUAGGCUCAGUGGAAAGAAAUAUCGUAUUAUGAACAUAUAUGACAUACAAAAUCUAAACGCUGGUGUGUGAACCUGUAACAUCUGGGCAGCACAAUGUAUUAUAGUAUUGAAUGUAUACUGAUUAAACCCCAGCAGUGAAAGACACAGUGAAGCAUGUUAGUGAUUAUGUGAAAAAUAAACAAAUGGAUGAUACAUAAUGAUUGCUCGGUACCUUAUGACUUUUAAAGUAGAAACAACUGAAAGAUUGAAAGACAUAUCGUCGCAUUUUAAAAACCUUUAUGAUGUAUGCAUAUUAUAAUUAUAAUGAUUAUAAUGCAUUGGUCGGAGGUACUGACUAUCAUUUGUAGGCUACUGUAUUUGGUAUUCGUUAUGUACUAUAUGGUGUCUCUUUUUACCUUAUAACGUGUAGCAAAUUGUAAAAGUAUGGAAAUAAUAUGAUAUUUGGGGAUAUCCUAUCUCAAUAUAAUAUUGUUUUAUGUUAAUGUUCCAAUAUACGUGUAUAUUGUAUACGUGUAUAACCAUUAUAUACAUAUAAUGGUUAUAUGAAAUGAAGAUUUCAUACAGCCAUGACAUGGUUAUAAAAAAUUGUAUGAUAUGAUACUAUUUACAUUAUAUUUCAGGAUAGCCUUUCUCAGUCUGAUAGUGUUAUGUUAUUGGUCCUUAUUUUUUUGUACAAUAUUGCGUUCCCUUAUUUGCUCUUGUGAGGGUUGCUUAAAACGUUGUGUUGUAUAAAAGUAAAAAUGACAUGAAUGUAUCUAUGUUUGAAUAAGGUUUCUAAUAAACAGAAUCUUUAAAAAAUAAAAAAGGUUAUA